AUGUUGUUUUCACGUUAUAUCACCUUUGCGGUCAUCCUUGCUUUUGCAAUGGUCUUCAACGUUGCCAUGGCCGGUCCCUUUCCGUCCUUCAUAACUACAAGCCAAUAUGUGAAUUGGAAUCCAAGCCUAUACGCUUGGAAUUCUCAAUAUAACUGUCCAACCUACAAUCAACAACCAUUGUUUUAUUUAAACAAUCAAUAUUUCUAUGAGCUUGGAAAUAUUCGAUACUAUGUUCCAGGUAGUACUUUAUCACCCAACAUUUGUUUAACAUACCCUGUCAAUACUUGGACUCCAUUCAAUUACAAUGGAUAUUCCGCCUGGAGCUGGAACAGCCUUAAGCUCCGUUACAAUAAUGGAUGGAACUUUUUUUGA